AUGCUUUAUGAAUUUAUAAGAACAUUUUAAAAUUCUUACAACAAAUUCGUAUCAGAAUAAUAUUAAUAAUGGAAAAGGCAAGAAUACUAAAAGGAAAUAGACUUAAUUCAAAUCCCAACUCUAUUUAUUUCGUUUAUAAUAAUCUUAGUAAGAUUGAUGAUUAGUAAAAGUGAUUCAGAACUAUAUAUUCAAUUAAGCAUUAAUUGUUUAUCCCAUUUACUUAUAGUGAUUCUCAUUAAAAAAAGCAAAUCAUAUAAAGCCAUAAUUACUCAGAUAACUAGAAUUUGCUAAAUUAUUGUCAUUAACUGGUAUUGUAUAUAUUUUUAUCUGUCAAACUCAUCAUUUUUAUUAAUUUACAUUACAUUUAAUGUAAUUUAGUUUAGUCUAGCCUACACAUUAUGGUUUAAAGGUUUAACAUUAGGAAUAUGCAUAUUAGGGUAUUUAUUAUUUAUCCCAGAAAUAUCUUAUGAAUGUUUAGUAUUAUUUAUUUUAAUAAUACUUGUGCAUACAUUAAGAGAAGAAGGCAACUUAAUGUCAGUUUAUUCAAAACUUUAAGCCUUGUUUUUAAUUAUCGAUACGAUUCCAUCAGCUAUGUGUAUAGUUUAGAAAAAUAAAAGUUAAUUGCUUUAUUCAAAUAAGAGUUUUGAAAAUCUCUCUUUAACUUUAGAAGGUUCAAAUAAUUCUGAUACUGACCAAUCACCAGAUAGAUUUAACAAUUAUUAAUAAUAAUAAUUGCAUUUUUUAUCAAAUCUUUAAUUAACAGAAUUAAAAUAAUAAGGCAUAUCAAUAAUAGAUUUUGAUGAUGAAUUAUAGAUUGAUUAAUUUAAGAUACGAUAAGUUAAUUAUAAGAAAAAAGCUUAAAGUCCAAAGUAUGGAUCAAGAUAGUUGAUAUUUAAUUAGAGUGAUAAAUAUCCUUUAAAUUAAAAAAUAUCAUAUAAAUAAGAAUUCUUUUCUUCGUUUAAAAUGAAAGACGAUGAAUAAGUAGUAAAAAAAUAGUAUACUGCAGAUAUAUCAUUAUAAGUUGAACUUAGACAUUAACCAUACAUGUGUACUAUGAGUUCAAAAAAGAAAUAAAGGAAGAGAUCAUCAAAUAGAAUUAGUAUUAAUAGACCAUCGACACCUACAAGUGGUAAAUUAUCAUAUGAAUAGAUUUAAAGAGAUAAUAAUUAAAAAUCUUAAAAUUCAACACAUUCAACAAUGAAUCAUGAUAUGAAGUUCUUAGUUAAUGUAAUUGAGAAUUAUAAGUUAUUUGAUGAGGAAGAUGAUUUUUAAAUAUUUUUUGUUCAUGAAUUAAAUCCAGUUCUUUUAAAAACUAGCUUAAAAAAAUUAGAAUCAGUUAAAAAGAAUUUAUUAAGAUCUAUUUCUCAUGAAAUGUUAACAAAUUUAAAUGCUGCUUAUGGUUAUAUAAAACAAUGUUAGGAUAGAUUAUUAAAAGGAGAAUAGAUGUCAGAAUAAUUAGCUUGUGCUUUGAGAUACACAAAAUUAUAAUUAUUUAAAGUUCAAGAUUUUUUUGAUUAUAGAUAUUUAUUAGAUAAUAAAUUAAAAUUGAGAGAAGAUAAAUUCGAAUUAAUUAAUGCUAUAACAGAAUGUGUAGAUUUGAUAAAGGAUUAAAUAUAUAGAAAACAAUUGAGUUAUUAAUUAGAUAUUCCAGAAAAUUGUGCAUAUAUUAUAAAAGGAGAUAGACAAAGAUUUUGUUAAGUUAUUUUGAAUUUAUUAACAAAUGCUAUUAAAUUUACAUAUUAAGGUGGAAUAACAGUAGAAGUGAAAAAAAACAAAUAUUCUCCAUCUUGUUUUGGGAUAAUAGAUGAAGUUUAAUCUUAAUUAUCUUAAGAAGAUUCUAAUAUUUUAGAAAUUUAUAUUAAAGAUAGUGGUUUAGGUAUGGAUGAAGAAGAAUUAGUAACUUUAAGAAAGAAAGUAAAUAUUUAAUUAAAUUAGUUACAUGUUGCAGAUGAGGAUGAAAAAGUAUCUAAAUAUUCUGUUGGUAUUGGUUUAGGUUUAUCAGUUUGUAAGUCAAUAAUUCGUUAAUUAGCUCCAGAAAAUUCUAAUCUUUUGUUUGUUGAUUCUAUUAAGGAUAGCGGUUCUUCAUUUUAUUUUUGUCUCAGAUAUAUUGAAGAGAAAUCAUCUAUUUAAAAAUCUUAGUAAAUGACUAUUCCAUAAUAGGAUGCAUAAAGUGCAUCUGUUAAAGUCUUAAAUUAUAAUAAAAGCCAUUAAUUGGCAGCUUUUAAUAUUUUUAAAAGAAGCAAUUCUCAUGAUUUAUCAAUAGAAAUUUCUAAAAAGAAUUAGGAUCAUUGUUAAUGUGAGACAAUUUUGAUAGUUGAUGAUGAAUAAUUUAACUUAGAUGUAAUUGCUCAUACCAUUAAAGAUAUGGGUUUUGAAAUAGAAACUGCAUUUAAUGGUAAAUAAGCAGUAGAAAAAGUAUCAAAAAAAUUAUAGGAUAAAUGUAGUGGAAAAUGUACAGGUUAUCAUUGUAUAUUAAUGGAUCUAAAUAUGCCUUUAAUGAGUGGGUGGGAGGCUGUUUAAAUAAUUCGAUAGAUGGAAUGCGAAUUAUAAUUGGUGAAGGCAAUACCUGUAGUGGCUGUAACUGCUUUUUGUAGUAUAUCAGAUUAAGAGAAGAGUAUAAACGAAGGUUUUGAUGGAGUUAUAAUAAAGCCAGCUACUAAGGAAAAGAUUAAAGGAUGUUUCGAAAAUUUAAAUUUAUGA